AUGGAUGGAAUUUAUUUUUACAACGGAGUUUGGGAGCAUAUUGAUUCUGAAGCCAACGUUAAAGUGGGGGACAUCAUUCAUUACCAGACCAUCCUUAGAAGGAAGAAUGUCCUAAAAGAAUUGAAAUGGAAAUCUGUGAACUUGCUGCCUGAGAAUGCUGUCGCUCCUGUAAGAAGUCUUCGCAAGGUCACCGUAUUUCGUGACGAUUUUAACACUUUUGAUAAAAGCCACUACAAGAUAGAAAUUACCGCUGCUGGUGGAGGGAAUGGAGAAUUCCAAGUUUACACCCCAGAACAAAGCAACAUAUAUGCUGCUCACGGCUUUCUUUACAUUAAACCGACAUUAACAGUAGAUCACCCAUCCUUUACGGAAUCUGACUUGUACAAUGGACAGAUGGAUGUCCCAACGGUGUGGGGUGCUUGUACAAAAGCAAUGCACCAUGGUUGUCACAAAGCAGCCUAUGGUAAUGGACAAGAAAUACUUAAUCCCGUCAUGUCCGGUCUAAUUUACACCCAUGCCGCAAUCAAAUAUGGACGGGUCAAUGUUCGAGCUAGAAUACCCAGAGGUGACUGGCUUUGGCCAGCCAUUUGGUUGAUGCCAACAAAUAGUGUGUACGGAAGCUGGCCUCGAUCUGGAGAAAUUGACGUCAUGGAAGCCAGAGGAAACAGGCUAAUGAAUACAGAUACCGGAAUCAACCGGGGAAUUCAUCAAAUUGCUUCAACACUGAAUUGGGGACCCGACCCUCGUCAUAGUGCGGGAAGACUAACUCAUAAACCAUUACAGUCAACCCAUGGCGACUGGCAUAAAUGGCACGUUUUCUCUCUUGAGUGGACAGAACAACAUGUCAUUUGCUUGGUUGAUGACCAAGAAAUACUACAUGUGAACACACCUCCUGAAGGUUUCUGGAAGUUUGGACACUUUAAUGGAACAAACAUCUGGGGAAAUUCUCUGAAUGCCCCUUUUGACCAACCAUUCCAGCUCCUGUUGAAUGUGGCUGUGGGUGGAACAAAGUACUUCCCCGAUAAUUUACACUAUGAUACACCUAAACCAUGGCGCAACGACUCCCCACACCCCAUGAGGGAUUUCUGGGAGAAAAGAAAUGUUUGGCUUCCAACUUGGCAUGGCGAUAAUAUUGCUUUUCUAAUUGAUUAUGUAGAAAUGAUACAAUAUUAAAAUUAUUGGAGCAACAUUAAUUUUGUGGAUGAACUAUUA